UUUUUCUUCUCCCUCCUCUUCUCUGGUAGGUCCACAAUGGUUGUACAGCCAGCAUCUUGCAACACAAUGGUUGCAAUACGGUGAACGGGGAGUGAUUCAGCAUUGCAAUCUCGAUUUCUAGGGUAUUCUUCAUCCAUCGCUGGGUUUUUCUUUCUUUCUAGUUAUCUCCAUCUUCACGUGUAUUAUUCUGUGCGUGUAAAAGUCGUUAAAUGUCUCCCGUCGGAAUGUUUUGAACAGAACUGUCACCGGACUAGGAUCGUCGUCAGCUGGCACGGAAUGGUAUUUAUGAGGAGUGAUUUCUUCUAUUACUGCAGUGAACCUGUCCUGGAUGUGAAAAUAGCCUUUUGUCAGGUGUGUGUUCCUUACAGGUAAACUAAGGGUUUUGGUAAACAAGUGGAUGUGUCAUAUAUCGUCAAACACUACAACAUGUCUAAAAGCAAAGUGGACAACCAGUUCUACAGCGUGGAAGUAGGAGAUUCCACCUUCACAGUUCUCAAACGCUACCAGAAUCUAAAACCCAUCGGUUCUGGAGCUCAGGGAAUCGUUUGUGCCGGGUCCGAUUCGGUCCUCGACAGGAACGUGGCCAUCAAGAAGCUCAGCAGACCCUUUCAGAACCAGACCCAUGCCAAGAGGGCAUACAGGGAACUGGUGCUCAUGAAAUGUGUCAAUCACAAAAACAUCAUCAGUUUAUUAAAUGUUUUCACACCACAGAAAUCAUUAGAAGACUUCCAGGAUGUGUACCUGUGCAUGGAGCUGAUGGAUGCCAACCUGUGCCAGGUGAUCCAGAUGGAGCUGGACCAUGAGAGAAUGUCUUACCUGCUCUACCAGAUGCUGUGUGGAAUCAAACACCUGCACUCCGCGGGCAUCAUUCACAGGGACCUGAAACCUAGCAAUAUAGUGGUGAAAUCUGAUUGUACUCUGAAGAUCCUGGACUUUGGCUUGGCUAGGACUGCAGGCACCAGCUUCAUGAUGACCCCGUACGUGGUGACGCGGUACUACAGAGCCCCAGAGGUCAUCCUGGGCAUGGGGUACAAAGAGAACGUGGAUAUAUGGUCGGUGGGGUGCAUUAUGGGAGAAAUGGUGCGUCACAAAAUUCUGUUCCCUGGCCGGGACUAUAUUGACCAAUGGAAUAAGGUGAUUGAGCAGCUGGGCACGCCUGCGCCAGAGUUUAUGAAGAAACUGCAGCCCACCGUCCGUAACUAUGUAGAGAACAGGCCCAAAUACGCAGGCCUCACCUUCCCCAAGCUCUUCCCCGACUGCCUCUUCCCCGCAGACUCAGAGCACAACAAACUCAAAGCCAGCCAGGCCAGAGACCUGUUGUGUAAGAUGUUGAUUAUUGAUCCAGCCAAGCGGAUACAAGUGGACGAAGCUUUACAGCACCCCUACAUCAACGUUUGGUACGACCCAGCCGAGGUGGAGGCGGCCAGGGAUCUCGUCCAAAUAUCUAUGCCGCCUCCUGCUAUCUACGACAAGCAGCUGGAUGAGAGAGAACACUCCAUCGAUGAAUGGAAAGAACUAAUCUACAAAGAGGUGAUGAACUUUGAGGAGAGGACGAGGAACGGGGUGGUGAAGGGACAACCCUCUACCUCAGGUGCAGCCGUGAACAGCAGUGGUGAGAGCCUCCCUUCCCCCUCCGUCAACGAUAUCUCCUCCAUGUCCACCGACCAGACCCUGGCCUCAGACACCGACAGCAGCCUGGAGACCUCUGCAGGACCCCUGGGUUGUUGCAGGUGACUAGCAGCCUGCCUGCGCAACCCCAUGUUCUUCAGAAGGUGAAACACAAUGUCCAAAACAACCCAACCAACCUACCUACCAACCACUACCAACCGAAACCUGAAAAAGAACAAAAAUGAUUAAAAGAUAAAAAAAUUAUGAUAUGAAUGGGAUGAUUAAGGAAACAUACAGUAAUUACUAUAAGAAUCAUGAUUCUAAAAUUUAAGCCUGCAUUUUCAUUCAAAAAUAAAUCACCAAAGUAUAACGAAAAAAAUUAAAAUAAACUAAAGUGAAAUAUAUUUAUUAACUUCUAGUUGCUUUACUUAUAUCUCCCCCUUAUAUGGCAUCAUCAAAAAUACAAAAAGCUUAGACGAGCAUCUUUCUGGAAAGUGUCAUUAAAACUGGCUGUUCAUUCCCCCAAUACCUUGCAAGCGUCUGUGCUUCAGUCAAUGUGGCAAGGUGUCCUCUUUUUGGUCAUUACUGCACAGUACUAUAUAAACCUCCAUUCACUUCCCCCACACCUGAUGUGAUGGUACUGAUAUGUUUUGAUAACCUCUAGGCUUGAACCUGGGGUUGUCUCCUGUAUGGGUGUGACAGAUAGGUGUGUUUGAAUACUGUUAUUCCUGCAGGGGUUAGUGCUAGUGUUCCACACAGCACAGCGCCCCCUGUCUUCUGUAAAUAUGUAAUUCUGUUCAGCAGCGAGCUAGGCACACAGACGGACAGACAGACAGACAGACAGAGUGGGACUGAUGGCCAGUACUGGAAGUUCGUCUAUAGCGCACCUUGCCACAUGACAUCACCGCCUUGACCUUUGUCCCCUUAACCUUUGCCCCUUGACCUUUCACCUUAGUUUAACCCCUUGCCUGUUAGACCUGCUGCAUGAUUACAAAAGCUAACUCUAAUUAUAUGAUUAAAUGACAAUAGAUACUUUUGUUUAUAUAACAUAAGUAAUUGAACUUUUCAACCGGAGUGGUGCUGAAACCCAGGGAUAGGGGAGCUCUAGUUAAUGAUGGAUAGCUAAAUAUAUAUAUUAACAUACAUACUGUAGUGAUUGGCUUCAGGAGAAGUCAUUGGGACGUACAGUACUAUCACUGUCAUCGCUGAGUAGGAUUGGGGUCAAUUCAGAAUGUCAACUGAAAUUCCAAUUCUAAUUCCAUAUUUUCAUCAUCGAAACACAUUCAGGAAGAUUGGAAUUUGGAACUGAAUUUUUCAAUUGACUUCCUGAAUUGACGAUGGGACUGACCCCAAACUUGUCGCUGAGCUGGAACCUUAAGUUCUCAUUUAUUUUUGUGUUUUUUGUUGAAAUGAAAUGAUAAAAUCCCUUCUGACUGCACGCCUGCACCACGCCUACGGGCUGUGGACCGGCCCACCCACCCACAGCCAGUCAUUCCCAAUGUCACCUACCCACCAACCAGGGUGGUCACUCACUCUGUUUCUGUGUCACUACUGUGGAGUAAAGAAGAGGAGAGAAGGAGACUUAAAUGUGUGUGUUACUAUCUGAAGAACGCUUGGGGGGGGGGAGAUCAAGAGGUUACCUCAUAGAAUAGUUUAGUUCCUCAAUCACAUCUGUCAUUUACAUUUAAAUGACUACUACUUACUCUGUAAUGACUAAUACUUACUUACUGUAAUGACUACUACUUACUGUAAUGACUACUACUUACUUACUGUGAUGACUACUACUUACUUACUGUAAUGACUACUACUUACUGUAAUGACUACUACUUACUGUAAUGGCUACUACUUACUUUCUGUUAUGAC